AUGUCUCUCUCCAACAACCGCGCCCUCGAUAUCCUCAACCACGCCGCCUCAAAUCACUAUGGCAUCCCCGCAAUGUGCUGCUACAACCUCGAGGGCAUUCUAGCCACCGUCCGCGCCGCAGAAGCGAAGCGCUCGCCAGCGAUGAUCCUCCUAUUCCCAUGGGCCGUCAAAUACGCCGACGGACUCCUCGUACACGCCGCCGCCGAAGCCGCGCGCAAGGCCUCCGUGCCGAUCACCGUGCACAUGGAUCACGCGCAAACGCCGGAGAUGAUCCGCUACGCGGCGGACCUGGGCGGAUUCGACAGCAUCAUGGUUGACAUGUCACAUUACGAGAAGGAGGAGAACCUCGCACUCACGAGAGAGCUAGUGGCUUAUUGUAAUGAGCGGGGGAUUGCGACAGAAGCGGAGCCCGGACGGAUCGAGGGCGGAGAGGAUGGAGUCGCGGAUACGGCAGACUUGGAGGGAUUGUUAACCACACCGGAGGAAAGCAUUGAGUUCGUGAAUACGGGGAUCAAUUGGUUGGCGCCUGCGUUCGGGAAUGUCCAUGGCGAGUAUGGGCCUCGUGGCAUUCAGCUGGAGUAUGACCGAUUGAAGCGCAUUCAUGAUACGGUUGGAGAUAAGGUGCGGUUGGUGCUACAUGGAGCGGAUCCGUUUACGGAGGAGAUCUUUUCCAAGUGCAUUGAGUGCGGUGUUUCCAAGAUUAAUAUCAACAAAGUCCUGAACAAUGAAUACCUCCGCGUGCAGAAGGAGAUGGCUGGGAAGGUACCGUUGACCACUUUGCUGGAGGAAGCUACGAAUGAGAUGCAGAAGGCUGUCGAGAGGUGCAUGGAUAUGCUGAAGUCGAGUGGGAGAUAUCCUUGA